AUGAUGGAGGCGAAUCCGCAUCUCGUCUUCAAGCCGGUCAAGGCUCCCUACCAACAGCCCGCCACCCCAGCCGCCCCUCAAAUCACCCCGCAGGAGCGGAUGCAGCAAAUGAUGGAGAAGUACUACCUCUCCCUCUGCCAACCCGCGUUCCCGCAACCAGGUGACGCACCGAACAGUCGCUACAACGCCAACUUCUACUGGGAUCAGUGUCAACAGCUGGCCAAUCAACUU